AUGAAACCCCACGUUCUCAGUUCAACCCCUUCUCGUUCUCGCCGACCCAACACCGACCCGAACCCUGGUAUAGACCGUCACGGUAUCGUUGGUUUUGCUCUCAGGGUAGCAGUCGAUGUGCCAACUCCUCAGCCUCGCUCAAAGUGGCGCGGAACGAUACCAGGUCGGAAUACCAGGAACAGGAGAACAUCGUAUGUCUUUCGAGCCUUUUGUUCUUUCUCCCAGAACAUUGGCAACAGCAAGUUGAAUUCAGGAGCUGGUCAGUCGUGGGGUGUAGGGUUUGUGAUAGUGUUGCUCUCUCUCCCUCUCUCUCUUUCUCUCUAA